AUGGAGUUCGGCAUGCCAACAACUCACGACACGGCUCUUUGCCUCAUUCCUCCAAGGGAACAGUGGCCGUCAAUUGACCGACUUCGUUUCCAAAAUGACAAGGCCUAUGCCAAAUGGCCUCCUCACAUCAACCUCGUCUACCCAUUCGUGCGGUCUGCAGAUUCGGAGUCUCUGCACCAAGCCUGCGAUGCCAUUGUCAGCUGCCUCAAGGCUCGUCAGGAGACCGGCGACUUCGCUAGUAUACCCCUUUCUCUCGACUCACCAGACUUUUUUGAGAACAAGCACGGCAGCACCCUGUUUAUGAGCGAUAAGGACGAAAAGAGGACUCGCCGCCUUGCUUCUUUACGCACCACAGUUCUCAUGGCUAUCGGCCAGACGCGCCCUGCUCCGUACCACAUGCACAUGACGAUUGCUCAGUGCGAGGAUACGGCAGGACCAUCUAAACUCAACUUUCUCCUCGAUAAGCUACGGCGCCUACCACCAGUCAGUUGGGAAGCCACCCAACUAGCCGUCCUAGUUCGUCUUGCUUCCGGUCAAAUGAGCCUCUGGGGCCUCAUCGACCUCGCUUCACCUUCACUGAGUCAAUCCGAUGAUUCAUUUGGGCUAUUCCCUAGAAUGGCCUCGGCCAUUUUUCCGCAGCGAUCAUGGAGAUUCUCCAGCCAGGAGCUGGGUUGGCGACCAGUCUUUUUGAAUACAGACUUACAUUACCCAGAGACCAAGGCAGUAGAGAACCUCAUCGUCGCCAGCUGGAACGUUUUGGCAGAGUUCGAAUGGCCCCCAUCUCGUAGCAGAUACCCCGUCAUCGUUGACAACCUACUCGCACGAAAUGCUGUCGCAGACAUCUUAGUACUCCAAGAAGUGACGGACGACUUCUUGCCUUUCUUACUCAAAGACGACAGGAUUCGCAAGUUGUACCCCAAUGCCUCCCACGGGUCUCCUGACGACCCUACUGCCGUACUGGCAACUUGUCACCUGAGCCAUGGCCUGACAGACGGCGCCGUGGUUGCAAAGGAAAGUUACCUCGGGGCCAACUACGCCUCACAUCAAUGGAUCAUCGCAGGAGAUUUCAAUAUCACAACGUCUUCCUACACCCUCGACGCCGCUGUCAAAAAGGGGGCCAUCGCUGUCCAGACAGAGAAUGUUCUCCGUGGCAUCGAAACAUCUCUGGCAAAAGCCGACCUUCUAGACGUAUGGAUGGUCUCACGAAUCGAGGCUGGCGUGAGUGAUAACAUCAAAGGGGAUCUGAACCACAUGUUCGAGGGCGAGCAAGGAGCAACUUUUGACCCUGCCGCGAAUCCCCACGCCAGUAAGAUGGUUGGUACCGGGUUGGGUAACCGUCCGCAACGGUACGACCGCAUCUUGGUUAAAGGCACUGGUCCUUUCCAGAUAUCUCGCUUCAACAUGUUCGGCUUCGUCACUGAUGACAGCGAGACCGGAGAAGAGCCCCUGUACGCGAGUGAUCACUGGGGUGUUCGUUGUCUCUUGCAGCGCUCUCACACAAAGAACGCCGCCAGUGAUGCUCGAGCAAUCCCUCUUGAUCUGAAGAGAGCGCCAGACGGUUUGUCAAAUACCACAGAACUAACUCAGUGCCUGGAGAAUCUCGGGGUGUUUCCCUCAGCGGAAGACGAGGCAGCUCGGAACGAGGCGAUUCGAUUGCUUCGUCAAAUCUUAAUCGAGUCCGACCAAACAUUCGUGGACAACAAACGAGGCCGCCCGACGAUUGUGCUCAUCCCCGUAGGAUCCUAUGGUCUCGGCACGUGGUCCAGGAACUCCGAUAUCGACUGCUUCUUCCUCGGGUCCAUCAGUCCACGUGUCUUCUUCACUCUGGCAAGGCAAAGGCUGAGAAAAUCGGGCAUCCCUGGUGUUCGGCUUCUGAGGAAAGUCAAAGCCAAGACCGGCACAAUGCUUGAGGUGGAGGUUCUCGGCGUGAGAUGUGAUCUCCAGUAUUGCCAGGCACCCAACAUCGCGGACGAGUGGCCUGACGUUCUGAAGCGUCCCGCGUCAGAUCCGGCCUUCAGCUUGUCUGCCCAGACACUGUUGAAGCUGAAGCCCGCGAGGGAUCUUUUCUAUCUCCAGCGAUCCAUUCCAGACUUGGCCCAGUUCCGAUUGAGCCACCAGGCUAUCAAGACUUGGGCCAAGGCGCGCGGAAUCUACGCUGCCAAGUUUGGGUAUCUCGGAGGCAUUCACUUGACCGUCAUGUUGGUCAAAGUUUGCAAGGUGCUCGUACACAACGGCGGCACUGUCUCUGCCGCUGAUAUUAUUACGACAUUCUUCGAGCAUUAUGCGCGGUUUGACUGGCAAAAGGACAUGGUAUUUGACCCGUUCUUUCACAAGAACCUCAGAUAUCAUCGAACAAGUAGAGAAGCCCUGAUUUUGCUUGGGUGGCACUCGCCAACGCUUAAUACGGCACUCAACGCCUCCGUUCCGACCGUCAAGAUUAUCUCGACAGAACUCCGCCAAGCUAACAAGUUGCUGUCAGCUGACGGUGCAACCUGGGAAUCGUUGCUACCGGUGCCAGAACCCGGUCGAGGCAACGUCAUGACGCCUAGCGCCGCGAAUUUCCUCACGUCGUACCGUUCAUUUGUAGAUUUGCGUGUACAUUACUGGGGAGCAUCUCUAGAGCGUGGAAGUAGGCUCAUUGGCUGGUUGGAGUCUCGAUGUGCCUCUCUUCUCGUGGAUAUUAAUAGGAGAAUCCCGCAGCUUUCGGCGAGAAUCUGGCCCGCGAGAUUUGUCGACGCAUCCACGUGCGACCCCCAAAAUGCCCAGGGCGAUUACCAGGGCUCCUACCUCGUCGGCCUGGAAUGGAUGGAACCGGACGAGAAGCCAGACCGAGGUGACCUGGAAGUUGCACAGAGCAAUCUCAGGGCUGUUUUGCAGCAAUUCGAGAAGAUGAUUCUAAGUGAUGAAAAGUAUUUCGACUCCAACACAUCAUGGUUCAGCGCGAGUAUUGUCAGAACAAAUGAGCUGGGGAAUUUGCGAUUGGAUGACCGCGAAUGGGGCGUGUACCUCGACGGCGAUGACGAUUCGGAUACAGAAGACGAGGAUGACACCGAGGACGAGAAUGAAGAAGAACUGGCCGCCCAGGGGAGGCUCGCCGCCGAGAAGCUGAGCAGGAAGGCAAAAGCAGCAAAACAACGCUCAGGAACAACCAAUUCAAAGCCCGAAGGGAUGGGCAAAUUCCGCACGGCGCUUGAUGUGCUGAACCGACUGCGAUGGGAUCCCGAUAUUGACGGUAAUGACUACAUCAUCGGGUACGAGGACAGAUUCCUGGGACCACAGGAGAAAGCCCUGUCGGCCUGGAAGAGCGAGCAGACGCACGAGGAGUUCAUCCCUCAGCACCGAAUCUUGUGGUUCAAACGCGGUAGCAAUGGGGUGAUUGUGUGGCAUAGGUCAGAGCGCAUCGAUUUGCUCUUUAAGAAGACUUGA